GGUACCUGCUAGAAUGCCAUCUAUCGUAUCGAUCAAGUGUGAAUCUUCUCCCCUUAUAAAAAUGAAGGGAAGAAACCCGAUAUUGAUAAAGACUUCUUACAGAUCUGACGAGGCUGUAAAUGUCGAUGGGUUUGCUUUAUGAGCAGUAUCACUGCCUUGGCACUAGUCCUACUCGGACACAUAUGGCUCGCACAAGCGCAGAACAAGCCGCAUAUCAUUGUCAUCGUAGCAGAUGAUCUGGGAUGGGAUGACGUCAGUUUCCAUGGCUCGCCCCAGAUCCCUACGCCCAAUCUGGAUUACCUGGCAACACGUGGCGUGAUUCUAAAUAAUUACUACGUGUCGCCCAUAUGUACCCCGACACGCGCCUCGCUCAUGACCGGCAAAUACCCUAUUCACCUAGGUAUGCAGCAUUUCGUGAUCUACGCUGCUCAACCGUACGGCCUACCCUUGGGAGAGAUCACUCUGCCCCAGUACUUGCAGAUACAAGGGUACAAGACUGCUGGUAUAGGCAAGUGGCACUUAGGAUUCUUCGCCAAGGAGUAUACGCCUACCUACCGUGGCUUUGAUUCCUUCUAUGGUAUGUGGUCGGCCAAGGCUGAUUACUGGAAUCAUACGUCCUUCGAAAACGGAUUCUGGGGGACGGAUAUGAGGAACAACAUGGAGCCAGUCACUACUGACAAGGAUAAAUACGCGACAGAGGUGUUCACACGAGAGGCCCUAAAGGUAAUAGAGAAUCACAACAAGUCAGAACCCCUGUUCCUGUACAUAGCGCACCAAGCGCCGCAUUCAGCGAAUCCCCACGAUCCUCUACAGGCGCCGGAAGACAAAGUCAAGAAAUUUUCCGGAGUGAUUGACAAGAUUGAGCGCCAGCAGUACGCUGCCAUGGUAACAUGUGUGGAUGAUUCUAUUGGAGAGGUUUUCCGUGCACUCGAGAAGAACCGGAUGCUGAACAACUCUGUCAUUCUUUUUACCACGGAUAACGGUGGCGCACCUCAUGGGUUCAACAGGAACCAAGGCAGUAACUACCCUCUCCGCGGUGGCAAAGACAUGAUGUGGGAGGGAGGGGUAAGGGGGACAGCCUUCAUCUACAGCGACCUUAUCAAGCAUAAGGGGCGUGUCUCUACUGAUUUGAUUGACGUCACGGACUGGGUGCCAACGCUUUAUUAUCUAGCAGGGGGUACCCCCGGGUACUUGGAGCCUCAUAUGGACGGAAAGAAUGUCUGGGAGACGAUUUCUAAUAAAGAACCCUCUCCUCGAAAAGAAGUUUUACACAAUAUUGACCCGUGGCGUAACUUCUCAGCCAUACGAGUGGAGCAGUAUAAGCUAGUUGUCGGUCAGGACGACACGUACGCCGUUGGGUGGCACCCGCGCUACGAUGGCAAGCCACUCUCUAGCCUGCCCAAGCCCCAGACCUUACCCGGCGCAAUUGUAACGUGUGCGACUCGGAAUAAGAGCAAAAUAUGUGACUCUAAAAAUGGCGCUGCGUGCUUGUUUGAUAUCGAGAAAGAUCCAUGCGAGUAUCACGACAUUUCCAAAGACUACCCAGAAGUCACCGCAAGACUACAGAAGCGUCUGCAGGAAUUCCGCGAUUCCAUGCUCAAUGUGUGGUACCCCCCUAUAGACAAGAAUGCUGACCCUGCCAAAUACGAUGGAUUCUGGUCACCAUGGCGACACUUAGGUACCGACACGAAUUUUCUUAACGCACUUGAUGACAUCAGGCAACUAUCUAAACUGGAAAAGAACCCGAACUUGGUUAACAACUAUGAUUCUGAUGCAACUUUGCGUCGAUGUGAAUCAAUGGAAUCUUGUCAGGAGGAAACUGGACCUUGGAUCCGGCACAAAUAUUAUCAGGAAAAGCGAAGUGACACUCCCCCACCACCUGGCUGCCGAUUUAAGUUCCAUUAUUACGCCUAAGCUUUAUCAGAUAUGAUAGAUUUGAUCAGAUAUUGACUUGCCACUUAAGCUGCAAUAUCAUCUGUUUACUUCCGGUCAAUUACAUAAUUAUUUCUGAUUAUUUUAUUCAAAAUUGUAAAAGCAGUGAAAGUUUCUUCGACCAUAUAACUGAUAAUUUACAGGGGAUUGCCUGUAAGAUAUUAUAAUAAUUUUAAAAUAGAUUCUUAUUUGUCGGUUGAGGUUCCCAUCGGCCCGAUGGGAGCAAACUUGUGCAAUUGGCGCUUUUAUGUGCGUGCAUUAGAAAUUGAUGUAGAAAAUAGAAUGCGAGAUCAGGGGUGGAUCCGGACCUCUUUAGGACACAGAUCUGAUGAAGGAGGGGGCACUCCAAUAUUAAAAAUCAUAUCUAACAUAUUUCUUUAAAAAGUUGUCAUUCAUUCCUCCUGGUCUGGAAGUCCGGCGACGGUCACCACCAGUCAUAUGUAGUUAAGGCGCUCUUCUAUGCUUCAAAACAGGACGCACCAAAAUACCACCAACUUUGUGCUUCAACACAAAAGAUGUCACGUGUAUCCCGCGGUAGGGGGCUAGGCACUAUAACAGGUGCAUAACAGGUAUACUCUCAAGAUGCUAAGUUAUUUGAAUACCUUUGGGAGUAUCGCUAGGUUUAGUGUCGUGGCGAGUGCUACCUAGCGAAAACGUGAUAGACAAGACCUGAUCUUUGUCUCACUUUUGUUGCCAUUUAUGGCAAUAAGCAAUACUUGGCGAUAUGACUGCUAUUGUUAUGCAAGUUAGCCGAAAGUCACUUUGAAAAUAAACAAAAUCUUCUUAAAACA